AUGUGCAAAUUAAACAGGGAUAUUCUUUACUUAAUUUUCAAAGAAUUACAAGAUGAUAAGAAAACUCUUAUUUCAUGCCUUACAGUUAAUAAAAUUUGGUGUGAAACAACCGUUCCAAUUUUAUGGAAGAAUCCUUGGAAAUUCUUAAAAGGGAAAAAAUUACUAUUAAACGUCAUCAUUUCACAUUUAUCAGAUGAGUCAAGAAAUAGUUUAUCAAUUAAUUAUUUGAUAAAUUAUCAAAAACCUUUUUUUAAUUAUAUUAGAUUUUGUAGACAUUUAAAUAUAAAUAAUUUAAAUGAAAUAAUCGAUACUAUUGAACUUGAUGAUGUUGAUGAUUAUUCAACUAUUAGAAAAGAAAUAUUUGGUCUUUUUAUCAACGAAAAUACAAGAUUAACACAUCUUUAUAUACCUUAUCAAUUUGAUUAUCAAAUAAACCUUAUUUCUGGGGCAAAACACUGCUUUUCAGAUCUUGAAUUUCUAAGCUGUAAUGCUUGUAUUAAUGAUAGCGUCUUGUCCGAAUUAACAGAAAUAUGUAAAUCAAUUAAAGAAUUAGAACUAUUUAUUGAAAAGGAUAAUAACAAUUAUGGAAUUAUUAAACUUGUUGAGAGUCUUAAAAAAUUAUAUAAUGUACGUUUGUUAACCAAGAGAUCUUUAAAUAGUGAUGAAUCAUUUUGUAGAAGUCUUGAAAAUUCGUUGAUCAAACAUGCAGAUACUAUACAAAAUUUUAAGAUAAUUAAGCAACCUGCUACAAGCAUUCUCUCAUCAUUAGUAAAUUUAAAUAGAUUAGAAUUGGGUGGCAAUCCUGUUGAAAGAAUGUCAUGGAAUUGUUUAAAAAAUGUUUCUCUACCUUUCUUACAAAUCUUAAAAGCUAAAGGAAUCCCAAUCAAAGCUUUAACAAAUUUAAUUGAAAAUACAAAUGGGGGUCUUACUGAGAUAAAAAUUGAUUGUGUACUUCAUAAUGAUAUUGAUAAUGAAAAAAUUAUUCAAAUUAUUUAUAGAAAAUGUUCAAAUCUCAAAUAUCUUAAACUAAUGUUUAAAAACAAAAAUAUUUUAGAAUUAAAAAAAUUAUUGAUUAAUUGUAAAAAUUUAAAUGGUUUAUAUAUUAUUAUUGAUAAUACAACUUAUUGGGUUGAUGGUGACAUGGUAUUUAAUUGGGACUACCUAUUUGAAAUUUUGGUUAGUUCAUCUUCACCUAAUUUGUUUAAGUUCAAAUUCUAUUUUUAUGAAGCACCAAAAUUAGAAUCUUUAAAAUUAUUUCUUGAUAAUUGGAAAGGUAGACGUUCUAUAUUAUUACAAACAAUUCAAGAUAAUAGUUGGGGACUUGGUCUUGAAAUUGGAAUGAAAUAUUUUGAGUUAAUGGAAGAAUACAAAAUGCAAGGAAUUGUUAAAAAGUAUAAUCAUGUUCUAAAUGAAAGUACUUUUGAAGAUUUUGAAUGGCUUCAAGAAAACAUUUAA